AUGACCAAAAACUGCACGAUUGAUAAGGUCAAACUUAUAAUGCAAGCCGGCAAUUCCAACACUAUGAAUGACGCCGUUUCAAAAUUCGUAAACAGUUGCACAGAUGCAACUGGACAACCAAACUCGGUCCUGUUCUAUAAUAACUAUACACAGCGCGGCGGAUACCGCGGACGCGGAAAUUAUAGAGGUAAUUUCCGUGGUCGUAGUAACAAUUAUAGUUACUACAACAAUAAUAAUAAUCGCGGCAACUACAGAGGAAACUCAAGGGGCCGUGGCAACUCGAACAGAGGCUACAAUAACAACAAUACAAAUAAUAAAAAUUUAGUUCCCUUACGCACUACUGGUCCCUUACCAAACGGGACGCCCGACGCCGGCAAAGCCGAGAAGUAUUUAGGUCACCAGCCGACACACACAGAGGACAGUCAAUCAACAGAGCCACAGGAAGACAGUCGAUCAACAGAGCCUCAGGAAGAAACAUCGAUCACCAGGAUCACUCAAGGACAUCAAGGGUACACAUCCCCUCAAGGACCACAAGGAUACACACCCCUCAAGGAUAACAAGGAUACACAUCCUCCCAAGGACUUCAAGGAUACUCAACAACUCAAGGACACACAUCGCCGCUCCUGCACCCUAGCCAGGACACUCAAGGAUACACAGGACUACAAGGACACACAGGACUACAAGCACAACCAGGACACACCAAGCAACAUGGGAGUCUCUUGGAUCUCAUACAGGAAGAAGCACGAGCUCGAGGCUAUCCUUCUCGAUCUCGGCCUGGAGCAGAACGGCACGGUCGAGGAACAGCGAGCCCGACUGCACGCGUUCGCCAGGCAACCGGAGCACUCCGAGGACACACUGAUCCGGCUUGGGGAGUUGGAACGCAAAUACACCCAUCCGGAGACAUCAAACCGGACGCGAGGGAAAUCAGAGGGCACCGCACGCACCAGUGCAUCCCAGUCCGACGCAGGCGUCUACUCGAUGGUGGUCGACAAAGCGACCAAAUGGGGACUGUCUUUCGACGGCACCAUCGAAGAACGAGCGGAUACCUACCGGAUCGACCGGAAGUAUUUGUCGCACGCUAUCACCGUCCUCCUGGCUGGCCGGGCGGAGAGCUGGUUCCGAACCAGCGAUCUGCAGGGACGUACCUGGACCGAAGUCUGCCGGGAAUUUUUGGAGUUUUUCCUGCCGCCCCGGUAUUACCAACGCCUCGACGACGAGAUCCGCUCUCACUUCCAGAAAGUGAACGAGCCUUUCAAGGAAUACCUGGUGGACCUUCGCCUCCAGAUGCGCCGCGCCGGAUUCUCACCGGAGCAAGAAUUGGAACGAGUCUACGAGAACAUGCUGCCCGAGUAUCAGAUGUUCACCCGCCGCCAGGACUUCAAGACGUUGACCGAGCUUACACACCUGGUGGUCAACUACGAAGUUGCCCGCAGCCGCGGAGGCCGACCCGUCCGUGGAUACCCGUCAGCAAAUGCAGACGCCGAGUAUCCACCCCAGAGCAGAAACGCACGACCUAGGGCGAACCCUGCUCACACACCGCAGGUGCCACGCCCUGGGAACGCGACCAACGACGCCGCCAGCCGAGGCAACGGUGGAGACUCCAACCAAGGGGCCACGCCCACCAGGUCAACCGACCCUAGCACCGCCUGCCGAAACUGCGGCCAGGCUGGUCACUACGCCACGGAAUGCCGGAACCAGAGGACCAUGUUCUGCUGGGACUGCGGCCGCCAAGGCAAACGCACUGUCGAGUGCAAGGGCAAGGGCCUCGAGUAUCAGGGAAUCACGGUCGAGGGACGCCCGCUCACCGCCACCUUGGAUACGGGGGCCUCGCAUAGUUUCAUAAGCGAGCGCCUGGCAAGGGUACUCCACGAUGGAAGGAAUCAUCGCGCCGUACGGACACGGGUGAAGUUAGCAGAUGGAACCGGCAGGGAGCUCACGCAGGCCCUGCGAAUCACAAUCCAGCUGGGAAAGGCUCGGGUCAGCGUCUCCGCCCUCAUCAUGGCGGAUGUGCUGGACGACCUCCUACUCGGUAUGGACUUCCUGUGCUAUGGUGGAGCCAAACUACAGUGUGGGGGCCUGACCCUCCAACUCGAGCCACCCAUUCCUGAUCAACCCACGAGGACCAGCUCGCCAGCACCAACCCGGAGCAAACGUGCCGCCACGCCGGCGCACACACCCGGCACCCAGGCGCACUCAUCCGCACUCCUCAGCCGCCACCCAGGCGCAAACACAAGCCGCUCCACGGGCGCACAAACCUGGGCCGGAGCACUGCCUACGCCUGAUUCAGCAGCGGUUCAGCGAAACCCAUUUCGCAAAGGGGCCAAGAGAGUCCGCUUCAGCGACCUGGAACCACCGCCUCCAUCCUGCGGUAUCGCUGACGCCGAGUACGACACCGAGGAGGAACCAAGAUCCAGAGGCCACGAGGACAACUACCCGGAGCCUUGGAUAAGGAAGUUUCUCGAACGAGAGCUGUCCCACUUCGACAACAUCGCCAACGUCUCCCACAUCGCCGAGCACAAGAUCGUGAUGCGCCACGAUCGCCCUAUCAAGCAACGAUAUCAUCCACGGAAUCCCGCGAUGAGAGCCGUCAUCGACCAACAGAUCGACGAGCUUAUCCGCGACGGACGCAUAGAGCCUUUCAAGAGCCCCCAUAGCGCGCCGAUAGUCAUCGCGGCAAAGAAGAAUGGAGAGGCCAGGAUGUGCAUCGACUACAGACAGUUGAACGAUAAUUCGAUCCCCGACGCUUACCCGCUGCCGCGGAUCCACCACAUUUUGGAGCGGCUGCGAAACGCCCGCUAUAUAUCGACGUUGGACCUGAAGAAUGGGUACUGGCAGAUCCCAGUCGCCCCAGCCAGCCGCGAAUGCACGGCAUUCACCGUCCCGGGCCGCGGACUAUUUCACUGGAAGGUGAUGCCUUUCGGGCUUCACUCGGCUCCGGCCACAUUUCAACGGGCGCUGGACACCGUCAUCGGUCCCGACAUGGAGCCACACGCUUUCGCCUACUUGGACGACAUCAUCGUCGUCGGGGCCACACUCUCCGAGCACGUACGGAACUUACGCGAGGUAUUCCGACGGCUCCGGGAGGCCAAUCUCCGUCUCAACCGAGACAAGUGCCAGUUCUUCCAGCGGAGUAUCUUGGCCACACGCUUUGUGCCGAACUUCGCGGACGUGGUCGAGCCAAUGACCUCGCUACUCAAGAAGGAUCAAAGCUGGAGAUGGGCAGAGAAACAGGAACAGGCGUUCCAGAAGUUGAAGGACCUACUCACGGAGGCACCGAUUCUGGCGUGCCCGGAUUUCAAGGAGAAAUUCGUACUUCAAACCGACGCAAGCGAAUACGGCGUGGGAGCCGUACUCACCCAGACCAUCGACCAGCAGGAGCGUGUAAUCGCCUACGCCAGCCGCCGGCUAAAUACCGCCGAGCGCAACUACUCUGUCACAGAAAAAGAAUGCCUCGCGAUAGUUUGGGCCAUCCGUAAGAUGCUCUGCUAUCUCGAAGGAUAUCGCUUCGAGGUGCUCACCGACCACCACUUGCUAAAGUGGUUGAACUCCAUCGACAACCCCACGGGCAGGAUCGCUCGGUGGGUAUUGGAGUUACAGCAGUUCCAGUAUGACGUGACAUACCGACGCGGAACCCAGAACCUGGUCGCAGACGCACUGUCGCGCCAGCCUCUGGCCACCAUGCAGCAGGCACAAGUUCAGGACAACGGUUGUAAGUGGAUUAGAAAAAUACUACAAAGGGUCCGGCAGGAGCCGGCCAAGUAUCCGGAUUUUCGAGAGGAGAACGGACAACUCUACAAACGCAUCGGGCUGCGCCCGGAGGAUGAGGAAUACACCCCCUGGAAGCUAUGCGUGGGCACCCACGACCGCGCGAGAGUGCUGACGGAAUGCCACGACCACCCCACCGCAGGCCACCUGGGCGUGCGGAAAACAAGCACACGAGUCGCCCAGAAAUACUACUGGCCCGGAUUAUUCCGAGAAGUAGCCAAAUACGUACGACGAUGCACAAGCCGCCAGAAGUUUAAGGUAAGCCAAGAAAAACCGGCCGGGAAAAUGUUCACCCGCCAGGUCGACGAACCUUUCCACAUACUAUGUGCGGACUUCCAACGAAGGACCUCCCUCCCACGUUCCAAGCAAGGGAACACAGUCUUACUGGUGUUCCUCGACUCAUUCAGCAAGUGGGUGGAACUCGACCCACUGCGACGGGCCACCGUACCAUAUCUCGAACGGGCGUUUCGAGAACGGAUUCUGAGUCGCUUCGGAGUCCCGAAGACUCUGGUAUGCGACAACGGGACCCAGUUCACCAGCUGA